AUGUCUCCUCCGUGCAGGUACCACGACAAGACCUCAUUCGUUCGCAACAAGUCGGAGGUUGUGAAGGUCGUGCAGGUGUUCCCUGAGGAAAGGAUUUUCCUGUUGAGAAGAUUAUUAAGAAUGCGCCUUCAGGAAAAGAGGAAGGGUCUUAAUCGAGUUGUGGUGGACUUGGACGAUGUGUUUACAAGUUUAGGCUACCAAGAUAAAAGAAUUGAAUCCACAGUUUCUCAAUGGAAUGUCUCCUUUGUAUUCUAUUUUGUAGACACUGGAAAAAAUAGACGAGGGUUUCUCAAUGGACUUUAG